CAGUGUCCAUGCUCGAGUCUGUUCAUGUUGUGUUCGUUCAUGUUCCUGUGUCCUGUGUUCCUGCGUUUUCCCCCUCAUGGACUUACCUUGGUUUCGUUUCAACCAGGACAGCUGGGUUCAUUCACCCUCAGAUCAGUGAGAGUGAAGCUUUCCAAAACACACUAAAUAUCCAGGGGACUGGGCAGCCAACAUGACCAGUGGGUGCUGUGUAUUUGUCCUGUUUUCCCUCCUCCAUGUCUCACUGAGUGUGGAAAUGAGAGGGUUAUACGGCAGCUUCACCUCCCCCAACUUCCCCCAGCCAUACCCCGACAACCAGCACAUAGUGUGGAACAUCACUGCCCCAGACGGCCACAGGGUCAAGCUCUACUUCACCCACUUCAGCCUGGAACCCUCCAACCAGUGUGAAUACGACUACAUCCAGGUUUUGGCAGAGGGAAAUGAAACCUUGCGGUUCUGCGGUGAGGGAAAGAAGAACUAUGAAAGCACCCCCAGGAACACCAUCAUCCUGUCAGCCGGGAAGCUCAUGUCAGUGGUCUUUAGGAGUGACUACUCUAACGAGGGCCGAUUCACCGGCUUCCAAGCAUUUUACACCUCAGAAGAUAUCAAUGAAUGCCUGUCCAAGUUGGAUGGGGAGAGAGUGUGUGAUCAUUUUUGCCACAAUUACAUUGGUGGAUAUUACUGCACAUGCAGAGUAGGAUUCCUUCUACAUGAUAACAAAAGAUCCUGCACAGUGCCAUGCCAAAGUCAGGUGUUGACCUCGCCAUCGGGGGUUUUGACCAGUCCGGGCUACCCAAACCCCUACCCACCCAUGAGUCAGUGUGACCACACCAUCCGUCGACCGGAGGGCUUCAGAAUAAUCCUGGACUUCCUGGCACCCUUUGACGUAGAGGGGCACCCAGAUGUCCCCUGUCCAUACGAUAUGUUGAAGAUUUCAACAGCUGGACAAGAGUAUGGACCCUUCUGUGGAUCAACCACACCGGCUCGCAUUGACACAGGAAGUUACCAAGUGCAUGUUAGCUUUAGAUCUGACUCUAGUGGGAAAAACAAGGGAUGGAAGAUCAGCUACACCAGUGCUAAGGCUGAAUCCCUCACUUUAACUUAAGACUCAUGGCUUGUUGACAAGAACAUUGUAUGUAUAGUUAUAGACUACUUGAAAUUUUUAUACAGUGACCUCUAAGUUGACGCAACUCAACGUAGCCAUAAUUUAUGUGUUGAAGCUUUGAUAUUACAUUUAACCAUGAGGCUAGCUGAAGCAGUAUGUUGAUGAUUACUUGGUAUGAGACUGUGACACUGGUGCUACAAGGAUAUCCUCCAAAUUUUCAAAACAGUUUCACUGAUUGCAUUUCAUUUUCUGAUCUUAUUGUGCCUGUUUUAUUUCUUUGUUUGGUGAGAUGCUGCUACAGCAACACACCACUUUUGUGAUGAGCUUUUUUAAUUUGUUUGUUUUGCUACUUGUGCAAAUAAAUUAAGACUAGGAAGACACUUUGUCAUUAAUUUGUCACUGUGACCAUAAUGUGAUCAGACAAGCAUUUUAAAUA